CUGUUUCCUCGAAUAAGAAUGGAAUUUAGCGAACAUGAAAAACGUCAGGCCAGAGACCAGGCCACAUCAUGAUUCGUGUCCCCAACACUCAAGAAAGCAGUGAUGCUGGCCGGGGAACAAAUCAUACAUCUUAAGCUGUACUAAUUUAGGUGUGGACUUUUUGACAUCUAAAUAUUUCUUAAGGGUGAGCAUAUUUUAAAUGUCAUUUUUUGUAAGAUAGCUAACUAGCUAGAUAGCUAACAUUAGCUACACCGCUAACAAUGUAACGUUAGCCAUGUAGCUAGCUCACUUGCAUAUCCUGCCCGACACACGUUACUGUAGAAAAAUGUACAGGUACUAGUGAACGUCAUCUUUAGCAAGCAAGUAACUGUACACUUUAUAGCAAUGGCUAGCUAGCAAUCACAUUGCAUACUGUUGUGUUUAGAAUAUCAAUAUAUUUAUCAUGCCCGACCGGUUAGUCUAAUUUAGUUAAGUUAGCAUACCUUGGUUGAGGUAUGUUUUUUCGACCUAGACGCUAGCUAACUAGCUAGGUAGUUACAUAUGUCCAUGCGUAUCGAACAUUUCCUCUGACGUUAUUGUGUUAACUUGUGAUAAUGUACACUUUAUAACGUUCGUCCAGGACCAGCUCUUCCAACUACUGUACUGUAUUGUUGAUUUUUAUAGCCAGACUAGUUGUCAAUUGUAAGCAGACUCACUUUAGCUAGUUAGCUUUAUAUCUUCUCGAAAUAUUGACAGAUUACGUUUAACUAACGUUAACUAGUGAAGUCGACAGACAGGAAGUUCAAGGCAUGACGAAGUUUAAAGCCAUGGGUUUUCGAGGCUCCCGUGUGCUUUGUUGAAUUAGGAGCACGUGAAGCCACAAAAGUAAUUUCACCUGUCUAACGUUAUACACAUUCAUGAUGUGAAUUGUAGUUAAUGAGUGAGUAACUUAAUGAAAAUUCAUGUUUGGAUGUAUUCGUACUGUAUGCCAGGCCUAAGAUAAAAAGGUUUUGACAAUGAUACACUUUAGCUCUGAGUAGGCCUAAAACAUGUCAACUAGCAAGCUGACUAACUUUUAAAUUACAUAUUGUGUUGACAGAGACUUAAAGAAACAGGUGAACAUGUCAAUCCUGUGUCAGGACCGAAGCAGUCGCUGGCAGGAUAUUCAGAAUGGGCUGCAGUUCAUCCAGUGAGUAUGAUCAGGACUCCCCAGUCCAAGUCGGUGUACCCAGGGAAUGCUGAUUGGUUGAGUGCAUAGGGAAAUCAUGCAACAGAGCUGUUGUCAGCCACCAAAGGAUGGUCUUGGGGGAAGAGAAUUACAAUUCAUUUUCACAGGAGACAGCCUAAGUGUUUGCAUAGUGGUAACUGCCUGGAACUACAACAAGUCAGAUGUUGUUUAGCAAUUUCUCGAUCUUGUGCCUCAAUGUGAGUAAUAUUGAAAUUGUAUUAUUUGGGGAAAGAUUACUCCAUGAUGUCCUUGAAUGGUGUAAUACUUGAAAAUGCUCAUGUUUUCAACGUCAAGGAGAUCUAAGUUUAAACUUGUUUGUUUCUAGGUCAACUCUGCCCUAUCCUGGAACUCAGGAACAAUAUGAGGUGAUUAUGCAAUCAACCCAAAGGGCAGCACCUACAUUAAUGACAUAUGAAGCUCAGAAUGCACCUCCAUAUUUUGGUAUUUAGAAGUUCAAUUUGUUUUUUCAGGUGUUCAUUCAGGACCUUGUGAGGAAUCUGUUUGGUGAAGGAAAUGAUGUGUUCAAUGAAGGGGAAUGGAUGCGAUCUAUAGAAAUGUACACUGAGGCCUUGAGCAUAGCAGAAUAUGCAGACUCGGAGGACAUCAGUGUAUCUACUGGAACGUUGGAAAAGCUGUAUGCCAACCGAGCUGCUGCUUACUUGAACAUUGUACCGGUAAGCCAGGUUUUGUCUUACAUUUAUGAAAUUACUAUUAUUUCUAUUUAUUUUCUGUUCAAAUAGUGGUAUAAUUUGUGAAAUUUUUUUCAGGGUCUGCAUGAUGAAGCACUAGUAGACUGUGAGAAAGCUCUUCAAUUGAAUGAGGGAAACCAUAGAGCUCUUUAUAGGAAAGCCCGAGCCUUGAAAGAGAUGGGCAGGCAUAAGGAGGCCUAUGAGGCUGUAGCGAAGUGCUCCCUUGCAGUGCCUCAGGUGAGACGGCAGAGAAAAUAUACCAUGUGAAAAGGCUCUGUAGAUUGUUAGUUUUACUGUCUUAAGUUCAUAAUCCUUAUUGUCAAUAUGUGAUUGUUCUUUCAGGAUCCUAAUGUUAUACGAUUGACUCAGGACCUUGCCAAAAUGUUGGGAUUGAAAAUCCGUAAAGCCUAUGUCAGGAGUAAGGUGAGAGUGCACUGUGUUGAGUAUGAAUGGGCUGCUUCAGUAUGUGGCUUAGUAUCUAACCUUGUGACAUUUCUUUCAACAGCCUGCCUUAAAUGUUUUGCCUGGAUCAAGUUAUUCAGGUGCAUCCAAUGACAAGGUAAAGGGAAGGGAAUUCAAUUUCUUUGUGGCAAUCUGGACACAAUACAGAUUACUUGCAUCAAGUGAACGUUUUUUAUUUGUUUCAGUGUCAUGGAUCUACAUCUGUGGAAGAUAUAGAAAUGGGUAAGACAUUCUGUGAUUUAGUUUGAGUAAUUUACUUAAAGGACCAGUGCAGUCAAAUGUGAUUUUCCUGUGUUUUGUAUACACUGAGUAUACAAAACAUUAAGAACACCUUCGUUCCAUGACAGACUGACCAGGUGAAUCCAGGUGAAAGCUAUGAUCGCUUAUUGAUGUCACUUGUUAAAUCCACUUCAAUCAGUGUAGAUGAAGGGGAGGAGAACAGUUAAUGAAGGAUUUUCAAACGCAGGAGGUUGGUGGCACCUUAAUUGGGGAGGACGGGCUCGUGGUAAUGGCUGGAGUGGAGUCAGUGGAAUGGUAGAAACCAUGUGUGUUUGAUGCCAUUCCAUUAGCGUUGUUCCAGCCAUUAUGAGCUGUCCUCCCCUCAGCAGCCUCCACUGUUUUUAAGCCUUGAGACGAUUGAGUAUGUGUGCCAUUCAGAGGGUGAAUAGGAAAGACAAAAGUUUUAAGUCCCUUUGAAAGGGGUAUGGUAGUAGGUGCCAGGUGCACCGGUUUGUGUGAAGAACUGCAACGCUGCUGGGUCUUUCAUGCUCAACAGUUUCCCGUGUGUAUCAAGAAUGGUCCACCACUCAAAGGACAUCUAGCCAACUUGACACAACUGUGGGAAGCCUUGGAGUCAACAUGAGCCAGCAUCCCUGUCGAACGCUUUCGACACCUUGUAGAGUCCAUGACCUGACGAAUUGAGGCUGUUCUUAGGGCUAAAGGGGGGGUUCGCAACUCUAUUUGGAAGGUGCUCCUACUGUUUGGUAUACUCAGUGUAUAUUUCUACACUGAGGUUGGAAUAAUACUGUGAAAUUAUGAAAAUUAUAAUGCCCUUUUUAGUGUAAGAGCUGUUUUGGUGGGAUGGACUUUUGGCCUGCCUGGCUAAAUUGGUUAAUAGACCAAUCGAUAGGUUGGCUGACAUCACGUAAAUGAUGCACGCACAUCGACGUGGCUGGAAGGCGUGCGUUGUUAUGAUUCUGAAUGGUCAGAUGGCUAGUAACAAUGACAAGAAGCUGCCAUGUGUGGAAUUGUAGUAAGCUCGCUUAUUAUUGUUAUUGAUACCAUGUCUUUUUUUGAGGUGUUUUGACUGUCAUGUCUAUGCUAAUAUGGCAAAAAAAUUGCUAGCUAGAUAACCAACAAAUGUAACAAUGUAUACUGAACAAAAAUAUAAACGCAAUAUGCAACAAUUUCAAAGAUUUUACAGAGUUACCGUUCAUAUAAGGAAAUCAGUCAAUUUAAAUAAAUAAAUUAGGCCCUAAUCUAUGGAUUUCACGACUGGGCAGGGGUGCAGCCAUGGGUGGGCCUUGGAGGGCAUAGGCCCACCCACUUGGCAGCUAGGCCCACCCACUGAGGAGCCAGGCCCAGCCAAUGAGAAUGAGUUUUUCCCCACAAAAGGGCUUUAUUACAGACAGAAAUAUCCUCCGCAAACAAUCACAGUAAGUUACUUAGUUGUUACCCAGAAAUGAUUUGAUAAUGAGAUAAAAACGGCUGCAUUGGACCUUUAAAGAGGGAAGGUCUUGUUGCAAAAAAUAAUCUGUUUGCACUUUCCACAUUCCCACCUGUGUUGUAGAAGUGAAUCAGCCCCCUCAGGAAACUGGCGGUCCAGACGCGGCCCCCCCAAGCCUAGACCCAGUGGCAGCCAUGAAGGUGCACCCCCCUCGGAAUGAGAGAAUGGAAGGUGAAUCCCCCCCUGUCAGCAUCAUCCCUUCAGUCUCACCUGUUGAGGUUCACACCCCAGAGCCCAUUCAUGUUCCGGUGCCCCUGCCUAUGCCCAUUUCCAAGCCCAUGCCCUUGCCUACGUUGGUCAAUGGUGCCAGAGCCAGCCCUACCCAGUCCUACCAUUUGCCAAUGCAAAAGUCUCGUCCGGACUUCGAUGCGGAAAUCAUUGGAGAUGACCUGGAUGAUCUGCUGGACCAAGCUGGCCCCGGCUCCACAGAAUCUCCCAUGGUACGUUCAUGGAAGAUUGCUGCUAAUGUAGGAAAACAUUAUUUUAUUUUUUUGCACAUUAAAUUAUAGUUCUUUAUCUGUUUUUGUUUUAAUUCUGAAAACCAUGUUAAAACAAUAUCUAAUGGAUUGUGUUGUUCUCUCUCCUCUAGGUCAUUCCCACCAUGAAGGGGCCAAUCCCUUUUCCAACCAGUGCCCCCUCGAAUUCCAUGUCUAGUCCUUUCCUUAUGCCAUCUCACAUGAACCCCUUUAUGCAUGUGGCAUCACAGUGCACAGUGACUCUGCCUCCUCCCUACCACAAGCCACAAGCCAGCGGGUAUUCUUUAGGUCUGGACACCUUCAGGGUCUCCUCUCCAUUGGAUUCACUGGAUAGUCUCUCCAUGUCAGAGCCUCAGACAGGUAUGCAAGGAGUUGCAUACAGCCAGUUUAAUGGUAAUACCUCUCGAAUGUGUUGAACAUUAGUUAUUAUCCUUAUAUCUUAUAUCUGGGGUGGCUCUUGGGUACUGGCUCUUGAGAGCCAGUACCCAGUAAGCUGGUUCGAAUCCCGAGAAGACUAGGUGAAAAAUCUGUCCAUAUGCGCUUGAGCUAGGUACUUAACCUUAAUUGCUCCUGUAAGUUGCUCUGGAUAAGAGUCUGCUAAAUUACUAAAAUGUAAAUAAUUUCUUGUUGAAUAGUGAAAUCUCAAUGGCUAACAAAUUUGGAUUUUGAUAAAACAAUAAACUGAAAUUUGAUUUUACUUUUCAUAAACCUUUUGUCAAUGCUGUCUCUGAUGUCUUUUUAUUUCCCCCCCUCCUAAAUCUAGGAUAUAGUCAGCAUCCGUUCAUGCAGGUGAGUCUAGCUAGUCUAGUCUUCAUGUCCCACUGAUAUUUUCACAAUAGUACCUUGUGUUCAUAUGUCGUUUAGUUUUUCUUGUCUGUUUUAAAUAAAUCAUGAUAUAUUUUCCCCCCCCUCCAGUUGACCAACCACGAUAAGCCGAUGGGAAUGGCCCUGGGGAUGCCAGAUGUAACCCCCCAUCCUGUUGUGGAUCUGUCCAAAAAUCCCCUGGCUGAUACUCAUGAAUUCAAACAGGCAUGCUCAAACUGCUAUGUCAAAACUGGUAAGAACAUGCUUCAUGUAAAUAACUGCAUUCAGUUAUUUAAUAUAAACGCAACAAUUUCAAAGAUUUUACUGAGUUACAGUUCAUAUAAGGAAAUCAGUCAAUUGAAAUAAAUAAAUUAGGCCCUAAUGUAUGGAUUUCACAUGACUGGGCCAGGGGUUUAUUUCAGCUCAUGAAACAUGGGAACCAACACUUUACAUGUUGCGUUUUUAUAUUUUUGUUCAGUGUAGUUGAAAAAGGCUGUUUUGCUUAUUGUGAGACAUCUAAGAGUAUGAAACUGGGUUGAUAAAUGGGUAUGGGAUGUGAAUGCUCAUGUUGAUAUCCUAUCACUAGGGCUUGGAGUGUUGGAUUUUACAUUCUAUACCGAAGAGCACAAAUGCAAGAAGGACAUAUUACUUGGAAGGAUAAAAAAUCAACUAGACAAAUCAUGGAAGCUGAUCAGACCCAGACCGACAAAAUCCCAGUAUGUCGGGCCUUACUACAUCUGCAAAGGUAAGCCUCAAAUAUUGCUACUAACUCCUCCAAUGUGCUUCAUGGUCCCUCUGUGCCAGUGUUCAGCUACCUAUGGAGAUUAUUAACCAAAACGAUGACCUUGUAGAUGUCGCCAUUGGAGAGGGGUGCAGGUACCCUGGUCACUGCACGUUUGCCUACUGCCAAGAGGAGAUUGAUGUUUGGUCCCUGGAGCGCAAAGGCUUCAUCUGCAGAGACUUUCUCUUUGAUCCAUUUGGACCCACCAGUAAGAUCAAUCUGACUGUCCCGAAGAUCCUACAGGAGCAUCACGGGAUAUUCAUGUUCCUCUGCGGGGUAAGUUGGGCUUUUUAAUGUAAAAAACAUGAUAUGUUCCUCCUGUAAUGGGGUGUCUUCAUUGAUAAGUUGCUGAGUCUGACUUAUUUGUAUUGCCAUUGUUGUGCUAGAGCAGACGGGGUGCACAACUCUGGUUCUUUAGUGCUGCAGUGGAUGCUUGGAUUUGCCUUUUAAUCAGCCCAGAGUAAUAGUGUGUGGACUCUAGACAAUCAAUUAUAUUAAGUGUCAGGGAGAAAUGAAAACCAGCAGGACUGAUGACCUCUCAGACUGUGUUAUAGAGGGGAAGUUUGACUUGGAGUUUCCCUGAUCUAACCUCUAGCUGAUAACAUGACUGUAACCAUAUCCUGUAUCCUCAUUAUUCUCAUGAGCAAUAGAAUUCCACGGUAACAAUGAUGCUGAGACUAUGAUUUUUUUUCUGUUUUAAAAGUAUGCCAAACUAAUGAUUGCAAAGUUAAACAAACCAUACACAUCUAUGCACAAUUUCCACUGAUGAUAAAUAAAAUUAAAAACAUUCACUUGAAGAACAGUGCAGAUGCAAAGUUUGGUAAAAUAAUUACGGUUUGUUGUUUUUGCUGUCAUUCUGUUACCAUGGAAUUGCCCUAAUACAACACUAAUGUUGAGUGUCAUAUUACUGCAUCUGGCAUAUAACCUUCAGUGUCAGAGUUAAGAAUGGGAGCUGUGCCCUUCAGUAAAACACUUGACCUUAGUAAAACCUCUACUCUGUGUACAGUGUCCUGUAAGUUGUCCGUCCCUCUAAUGUAUCUGAUCUGAUCUCCAGGUGUGUUUUGAUCACAAACCCAGAAUAAUCAGCAAAACCAAUAAGGACAACCCAUCUCUUUGCUCUCACCUCGUGACAAAGCAUGCCUUUGACGAUCAGAAGUAAGCCAUUUCACUUGUUUAAACAUGCUGAGAGAGAUGCAGAGGUUUUUAAGUGAAUUAAGCAGCGGUCUACCUUGUAAGUGAUGGUUUGUGGCUGACCGCUCCUGUUCCUUUAGUAAUUAAAAACUUUCUUUAUACAUUGAAGAAUGUAGGAGUGUUUUUUGUUUUUUUGCCAACUACUGUUUUUUGUUGAGUAAGCCCAUUGGAACUUGAUUAUAUGCUCUGCACAGUGGGGUAGUGAACUUUAUACGAGUUGUUGUGCUUUCAGGUGCCUGGUCCACAUUCUGAGGGAGAACACUGUGCGCUACUCCAAAAUCCGUCCGUACAGUCCGCAGAACCAGAUGGACAUCUGUCGGCAUGAGGUGCGCUACGGCUGCGUGCGGGAAGAUGAGUGCUUCUAUGCCCACAGCCUGAUUGAGCUGAAGGUGUGGAUGAUGCAGCACCAGCUAGGUAAGCUGUUACCACCUAUUAAAGGUGCCUUCAAAUAGCAUCUAAUCAAAUAAUGUUAUUGGUCAUUCAACAAGAUUGCUUUUCUGAGUAUUUAAGGAGCUUCUGGUAACUUUGUGGGUUUUCUAAGUGAACAUCCCUCUUAAAACUCUUUGCAAUCUGUUUAUGAUCAUAUAGGCAUCACUCCUGAAAAUAUUGUCCAGGAGGCCAAUAGGUUUUGGAACAUGGAGGCGGGCUCCCAAGGAUCCCUGGUAAACAGUCAUUGUACACAACACUAUAUUCAGAAAAUGCUUUAUUUCCUAAACAUAUUUCUAAUGUUCAUUUGACUGCAGAUUUUCCACAUUACCUAACACAAACCAUUUAUUUUGUGUCAUUCCAGCAAUUCACCACACCAUUGAAGAGGUUUGGACCCCCAAAUCUGAAGAUGCAGUUUGUGUGUGGGCAGUGUUGGAGAAACGGCCAACUUAGUGAGGCAGACAAGAACAAGAAGUACUGCACUGCCAAAGCCAGGCAUUCGUGAGUAGUUCUCUCCCCUGAAACCAUUUGAGGAUCAAUUUGAAUAAUGAGCCUUGUCAGCAUAGUAAUGUGCAUCUGACCUGUGUUGCAGGUGGUCAAAAGACAAACGAGUGGUGCUGGUGAGUUCCAUCGAACGCAAGAAGUGGACAACGAUCCGCCCUCUCCCAACAAAAAAGCCCAUCCCAUCUCAGUUUGAGGUAGGCCUAGCAGGGCUGCAAAAUGUCCGACCACAUACUUUGCUGACUCGAAUGGGAAUCUCCCAGAGAGGAUCAUGUUUUGUCCUCAUGUAAAGUGCUUAUGUUUUGUGUGUGUUUUAUUUACAGAUUUGCAUGCACGUGUCUACUGGCAAAAAGUGCCAGUACAUCGGGAACUGCACAUUUGCACACAGCACAGAGGAAAGGGACCUGUGGACAUACAUGAAAGAGAACAACAGUGAGUUCAUGUUACAGAUGGACUGUAGUAUUUGUACAGCAGUUCAUGCCUGUGUGAUGGACAAUACAUGUAUUAUGAUGAGUAAUACAAAAAACUUAAUCAGAUACUAUACUGUGUGUCCAUUUAGUUCCAGACAUGGAACAGCUAUAUGAGCGCUGGCUGCAGUCUCAGAAGCCUGGCUGGAGCGAGGAGGCCUCCAACAGCGCCAUCAAGGAGAAUGGGAAGCAGAUCCACAUGCCCACAGACUAUGCUGAGGAGGUGGUAAGCAAUCUCUGUUUUAACCACGUCCAGAUGAUUAUAUAACUUUCAACAUGCUUUAAGUGACCACAAACCUUCAACAUGCUAAUAUCAUCUUGAUGAUUUCUGCUUUACUAGGCUGGCAACCACUGUUGGCUUUGUGGUAAGAACUGCAACAGUGACAGGCAGUGGCAACAGCACAUCACCUCAGAAAAACACAGAGAGAAAGUGUUCAACUCUGAAGACGAUCAGAACUGCUGGCAGUAUCGCUUCCCCACUGGAACCUUCAGAGUUUGCGAGAGGUAAGGUUUCUAUGCUAAUUCAAUGUUUAUUUAGGUCACUGGUGCCUAAUUUGAUUACUGGAAAUGGUGUUAUUGGUGACUGACAUUUCUGAUACGGCAUCCAUUUCCACAGAUACCUUAAAGGCACUUGCACAGAGGAGGAGUUGUGUAAGCUGGCUCAUGGAAACGAGGAACUAAAGGAAUGGACGGAGCGCAGGGAGUUCCUUUUGAUGAAACUGGCCAAAGCAAGAAAAGACCAUCUUAUAGCCCCAAAUGACAAUGACUUUGGCAAAUAUAGUUUUCUGCUUAAAGACAUAAAGUAAUGAUUUGAUGACAAGGAUUAUGUUGGGAUGCAAUAUCUUUUGCAGUAGUAAGUAAGGUAAAGGGUCAGGUACCUUGGAGAGGCUCUAGUCUACCAUUAAGAGGAGAGAUGCCGUGCACAGCUUGAUUUUAAUGGAAAGUACAAAGAUUGUCAUGUGCUCCAAAUGAUCAUGGCUGUAUUCCUUUUAUCACAGAUAAAGAGAUGCACCAUUGCCUUUUACGCAACGUAGCGAUCAUUGACGUAUCACAAAGAUUGGUUGUCAUAAAAUGGAGUGAUGACCUACUCAGAGAAGCCAAAGCAGGGGUAGACACUAUCAGAACAGCUCUUCUGUCGUGGGUGACUUAAAAGGCUUGUUUUGUAUUUGCGUUUUUAAGAAGGGUUCUUAUGGACUUCCCUUUUCUGUUUUAUACGAUUCAUAAGUUUGAAGAUUGGAAUGUUUGAAAUGGAAUUCUGCAUCCUUUCACAAAUUCUGUUCAUGUAGGUCUUUUUCAUUAUUUCCAUAAUUUGUUGCAUUUAUGCCUGUUGGUUUCGGAAGAUAUGGACCAACCAAAAUAAAAUCUUGAUUUCUUAUUACAA